AUGGGAGUAUCGCUGCAACUCACUCGCAGGAGUGCCAGGGGUAAUCGCUUCAAGAUGAAGUUGGCUUGGACUCAGUUCUUGCAGGCAGCCUACAGCAGAAUUUGCAGAAAUGCCGCAGUAGCCUUGCGCUUAGACGUGGCGAAAUCCACAGUGCGACGAAUGCAGAUCAUGGUCAGUUCGACAUUCAUGAACAGGCAGGCUCACUUCCUUGCGAAGCUUGCUCAAUGGUGCUUGAAUGACCGACCUGCCGCUGUCAUCAAGCAUAUCAAGUGGGAUGAGACACAGCUACAGUGCAGCAUGAAUGCUGAUAAGUCCGAUUACCGUGUCCGGUCCACUUGGCAAGUACUUGUUUGCAGGAUGCUCAUCAUGAUAGUGUGGCCGAGUGGCUGCAACUUGGUCUACCGAAUCAUUAUGCCACCGGUGACCCUGCUAGCGACGGGUGCAGAACACCAGUACUAUGCUUUGUACCAUCAUCCUGCCUACAAGUGCAUAAACGGCCUGGUUGGAUAUAUGAGGCAACAAGCUAAAAUCAACAUUGAUGUAUCAGAGACAGACGGUGCUGCAAGCAAUCUUCGGUUACUGGCGCAUUUGGUCCAGAAGGCUAAAGCUACUGUGUUGGGACCUCCAGAUUCCUCGCAUCCACUGCUUCCCGCCCACUGUCGAUGCAUGAAUCAUGGGGUUCAGCUGAACAAUGCCUCGUUGUUGGCCGUCGUGAACUCGAAACUACUUAACCGAGUUUAUGCAUUGAGCAUCUUCCUUCGGAAUCUAGGGUACUGGUUGCGUAUGCGGCAGGCCGCACGGACAUGGCUCGAACGAAAUUUGAAAUUCGAGCGGUCGAAGACUACAGAAUCCCCACCUGAAGCACAUCCAUGCCUAAAAGAGCUGCUAAAUUACCUUUCCUUUUGGCGGACACGAGAUCAGGUGGCACGAGCAGUGGAAGGUGAUGGUGGGCAGCAGCAGCAUUCAGAGUUGGAGGAAUCCACUUCAGAAGCUUCGUUCGCUCGCAAGAUAUCUUAUUUCGCAGAGAUGUUCAAUGGCCCGUCCAUGAACGGUGCGCCCAUGCACGUGUGUAGCAGCUCAUGUGCUGCCCCAGGCCAGAGGCAUUGUAAGGACCGCAACGAUGCAGUGCGGAAAUGCGUGGAUGCUUUACUUGGUUUGUUCCUGCGGGGUAUGCCCGCUGUCCCGAGCCCAAGUAAAUGGUCCAAGCUUUUUGGGCCACUUGACUUCGUUUUUGCGGGCAGCUUAGUGCACAACUGGCUCUCGGAAAUCUUCUGUGAAGCUUUCGGGGACAUGAGCUUUCAAGAGUUUGCGGAGGAUGCAGCCACCGAAGAUGUCGACCCUCGACUCGUGGAGACCCUUGCUUUCCAUGUUGUCAACGGAAGGCGACUUCUUUCUUCCCGUAAGUUUUUGCAGGACCGAGACUCGGCAUGGCAAGUCAGCUUGCUGUUCGUUGCCCUUGAGCCCAACCGUCUGUUGACCUGGUUUUGGAUCGGGUGCCUCAAGAAGAGUUGGUCUCCGGAAGCUCGGCCCCCGCUGUUCAGCCUCCUAGACCCCAAGGACAGUGUGCUGACAGGUGCUUUGCAGCACUUCAGCUCCUUGCUUUGCACGACGGAGGGCGGAGGCCGGAUGCAGUUCCUUUGGAAGCCUCUUGGGUAUCAAAGUUUCGAUGACUUCUGUCAGCUUGAGCCGGGCUUGGUGCGGCAGAUACGACGAGUGUUAUUAUUUGCUGCAGGAUGGCAAUUUCGGCAUCACUACGAUUAUAUCAUCAAUUGUGACACGUAUGCUAUCGGUUUGGUUGCGGAUCCAAAUGCAUGUCCAGAUGAGCCCGACCGUUUUCUUCGAGGCUGGGAAAGAAAGAAAACAUGCUGUGUGCAGCCUGGGCUGUGCCGCGGCCUGAAACUGCGAAACGUCAGUGGCGACGAGCUGCAGUCUGCCAGCUGGAAGCAGGUGCUGUACUGGUAUGCUGCUUGUUUUCAAUUUACCAUCGCGGAUGUCGAGGUGAAGCAUGCGCAAAACCGUCAGAACACAGAUUCUGGUUUCAGCACGGUUGCUGCCAAAUUUAUCAAUUCCGAAGCUAUGUUGGAGAAUCGUCAAGCCCGGCAGCAUGUGAACAAGGGAAAGGGAAAAGCUACGGAUACAUCAUUUCGCCGAAUUGACAGUGAUGUACGUCUAUCGGACAACAGAUCCUCGAGACCCAGAGGCAAAUCUGCUUUCGAGGUCUACCGUGCCAACUGGAUUCAAAAUCAACGAUUGCAGAACGAUGCAUUCAAUCCAUGCACGAAGACAGCCUGGGAUGAGGUCCGUCGAGGUUGGGCGAACCUCGACGAGCAGCAGCAGAGCAUUUACAAGGCCAUGUCCUUGGCGAGCAAGCAGAGUGCCCAGGACGGUCGUCGGCGAGCUGCUGCCUCUGCAGCGGCGCCGGCAAGCAGGCUUGGUAAUGGUCCUGGUCUUGAUCAAGAACCGUCGCAAGAGUCGCAAGCCUUGCAGCCCCUGCCUCAACUAGGUCCAUCGACUCCUUCCCUGGUAGGCAUCCUGCCAUUAGACAAAGCUCUUGCAUCCGAAACAGUCAAAGACCUCCAGUCGAAGAUCAGGGCAGCGAGCAGCGGCAAGGGGGCUGCCUCGGUUGGCAAACAUACGUAUCCGGUCUCAGAGCAAAUGUUGGAGACCAUCGCCUGCCACCAGAGGAAACGAGGUGUGUCAAGUGCUGCGGCAGUUGCGCAGUUUGAUCUUGAGAUGGAACGGAUCGCAAGGCCUCCUGCUGAUGCUGAAGUGUUCCCGAAGAAGGUGUGCUACGAGUCAUGCUGCGGGUAUCAGUGCCGCAAUUCUGGUGAGCACGAUCGCAUCAGUUUGCAUUGCAAGCUCGUCGAGGCUGCCAGGGCGGACCUGCUGUGUGCCUUUACAGUAAUCGAUGCUGCGAAGAGGAAUAUCGUCAGAGAGUAUGCGUGGGUCACAGCUCCAUCUGCCAGGAGCGGAGUUCAUAAACCCGACCAGGUUUUUGUGUGUGCAGAUGAUGUGACUUCUUCGUUUGGCUCUGCUCGCGAUCGUCCUGCUGCGGUUGCAAACGCUUUUGCUGGCCUGCGCUUGAUGCUUUCUACGGUGCCCUAUGUGGAGUGCAAGAGAGAAUGGCUGCCAUCCACUGGCGAUGCGGGCCAGCCGGUCGGGCGCUUGCGGAUGUAUACCACUGACGCGUUUGCAUUCUAUUUGUUGGGCCUCCUCACCUCACCAGAAGAUCUGACACCGAGGACGCCUGGUGAAGUUGUCGUCGACAGACUUGCCUUCGAAGACGAGCAGGCAGCGGAGCCAGGCGGUGCGAUCGGAGUCGAUGAUGGUGAUGCGAGCCUUCCGGCUGUUGGAGAAGGCGAUGCUGAUAACAGUGCAGCAGACUCAGCAGACAUCUUUGACUUCAUGAGCUUCCUGGGCGAUCCGAACAAAGCAACAACAACAUUCGCAUCUCGCUCACCGCCUGGGGCGAAACGACGGAAGACCGAGACCGGCAGGGGUAGGGCUGGCAAGGGCAAGCCCGCAGACAACAUCAACCCGGAUGCGCAGCAUGAGUUUGAGGAGCAGCCGGCCCACGAAACUGACUUCUUGGAUAUACUGGAUGAUCCAGAAUUACGUUCCGUCUUAGAUGACAAUGCCAUCCAGGCAUUGAGGCAAGCUGCUGCUAUGUGCCAUCAUGUCCAUCGACCGGAAGAGGUGUUGCAAGCAGCUCAUGCCCAGCAUUCCUUGGAAUCGGACGAUGACGAAAUCCUGGAGUUCGCAACAGAGGAUGCAGCCGAAGCUGACAAUGACGGUGGUUCCUCGGCGGCACCGGCUGCUUCAUCAACAUCACCAACACCAGCAUCUGCUGGGACUUCUUCUUCUUCUUCGAGUGCGGCAAGAACUGACAGUGUAAGAUUGGAGAGCGACGGUGGCCGGAUCGAAGCUGUGUAUACUGGGCAGGGGACUUCAUACUGCAAGGUCAUUCGGCGGGUCAGCAACACAAGUGAAGAGCUCGCGCAAAUUUCCUUGCUGGUCAAUGCUUCCACUGGUGCCGAGUCACUCCGUGCUGUUUGCAAGAAGCACAAAUCUUGCACCUGUUUCGUCUCAAGUGCUGCCCAUUGUGAUCUCCUCAUGGACUGGCUGGCGUCAGCACAUCUUGAGAGUGCCGAGCAGCAUGGCCGUUUGAGUGUGGAACUACGGCGAUCUAUUGGGAUGAGGGUGCAAGUUCGAGCAAAGCGAUGA